GUAAAUUGUAACAGGAAACUAAAAAAAAAAAAUUAUAAAAAAACUCAAUACAAUUUAACUGAAAAAAAAAAUGUUAAAGAGCUUACCUCCUUGCCCGCUAAAUUUACAAACAACAACAAAAUGCGGGGAAAUAUUUUGUGAUACUUUAAAAAAUUUCACUAUUUGCUGCAGUUUUUGCCAAAUUAAAUUAUUUGCUUACGAAGAUCUCCUGCAGCACAUACAAAAUGUACAUUUUGACCACCUAACAAAAGAAGACUGUAAUGAAUUUCGCGAAAAUAACGAAUCUAAGGAUGAAAAAUGUGAUGAAAUAUUGGAAUCAUUGGAUAGUUGUGAUAUUUUAUAUGACUGCAAUGAAAAUGACGAUGAGGUUAAUUGUUCCGAAGAAGAAACAAUGAAGGUGUUAAAAGUUAAACCUAAAUUUAGCAAAAUACCUAGAAGCGCUAAAGAAAGUAAUAUAGAGGAAGAAGGAAAUCACUCGGAAGAGACGUCACAACUUUCUACUGCUUAUGAAAUAGGUGAUCCUUAUGCUCCAAACCAAAAAUUCGAAGCUUUAUUAUGUCCCGAUUGCCAGGAGUUAUUUUUUCUUAAAAAGGAAUAUGAUCAACAUGUUGUUGAACAACACAGCGGUCAUAAAUGCCUGAAAUGCGAUAUGCGCUUUCGUCACCGACAUCACCUAAGACGACACUUACAAAAUAUGCACGAGGAUAGCGACGAGCGGAAACAUAGAAGAUUAAAGCAACGAGUACCCUGCCCUUAUACAGAAUGCCCGAAAACUUUUGCUUUACAGGAAUCCCUUAACUAUCACCUAGAAUUUCAUACUAUGAAAUGUACUUUUGUGUGUGGUUUUGAAAAUUGCAGCAGAAGUUUUCCAACGCAACAGCGUUUAGAUCAACACCAAGAGAAACACACUAUGGCACGUACGUUUGUAUGUGAUUUUGAAAAUUGCGACAAAGCUUUUCCCAAUAAAACCCGUUUAAAAGCUCACCAGGAAGUACAUGCUCUAGCAAAACGCUUUAUUUGUGAUACUUGCGGCUAUAGUUGCCGUGCCUCGACUAUAUUGCGCGUUCACAAACGUAUACAUACGGGCGAAAGACCUUUCACUUGUAAGAUAUGCGAAAAUGCUUUUACCUCGCAGGCCACUCUUCACUUGCAUAUGAAUACACAUGCCACUAUACGUCCAUAUGUUUGUCAGAUUUGUCAGGCUACAUUCGCCAAUCGGCAGAUACUUGAUCGACAUGCCUAUACGCAUGCGGAAGAGAAAUUAUUUAAAUGUCAAUUAUGUGAUAAAGCUUUUAAACAACCGGCUGGCUUGGAUGGUCAUAUGAGACGUUUGCAUUUGGAACCAAGACCAAAGAAAGUUAAAUAUUUUAAAAAUAUUACCAAUUCCAGUGAAACAACCGAAACAUUGUGAAUAGAAAACAUUUGUCAGUUACAUUGAAUGAAUAAUUUCUCAGUAUUUUAAAAACAAACAAAAAAUUUAUGUAUGUAAUUGCCAUAAAAAUACUUGAUAAAAAUAAUACCAUAAAAUAACUAACUCCCAUAAAUACUUAAAAUAGCUAUUGAUGGUUUAUUGUAAGAAUUUUGUAUGGAAAAUC